AGCCUUUUGUAGCUCGAAACUGACAUUGUGACUCGACUCCCAAGUUCGUCCCUUUGCAUCGUUGCCAUGGUGCAGUGGGUCUACAACUUCGGUGCCGGUGCGGCAGAUGGCCGUGCAGAGAUGAAGAACCUGCUGGGCGGCAAGGGCGCGAACUUGGCGGAGAUGGCGAGUAUCGGCCUCCCGGUGCCGCCUGGCUUCACCUUGACCACGGAGGUGUGCACCCGCUUCUACGAGGACAAGUGCACGUACCCGACGGAGUUGAAGGGCCAGGUGGCGAAAGCCCUGGCGCGGGUGGAGGAGCGCUCGGGCCAGAAGUUCGGAGAUGCGACCAAUCCCCUGCUGUUGUCGGUGCGCUCGGGCGCUCGAGCGUCCAUGCCAGGCAUGAUGGACACGGUGCUGAACCUGGGUCUCAACGACUGGACGGUGGCGGCCUUGGCCAAGCGGUCUGGGGACCGGCGCUUUGCCUACGACAGCUACCGGCGCUUCGUGCAGAUGUACUCGGAUGUGGUGCUGGGCAUUGAGCUCAGCCACUUCGAGAAGCUCCUGGAGCGCGCGAAGCAGCGGCGGGGCGUGAAGCAGGACCACGAGCUGGUGGCAGAGGAUUUGGAGAAGCUGGUGAUGGACUACAAGGCCCGUGUGCAUGUGGAGAUAGGCAUGGACUUCCCCGAGGACCCUCACGAGCAGCUCUGGGGCGCCGUCGGUGCUGUUUUCAACUCCUGGAUGAACCAACGUGCCAAGACCUACCGGCAGCUGCACGACAUCCCGGAGAGUUGGGGCACUGCGGUGAAUGUGCAGGCCAUGGUCUUCGGGAAUAUGGGCAGCGACUGCGCCACCGGCGUCGCCUUUACCCGGAACCCCUCCAACGGCGCCAACGACUUCUACGGCGAGUUCCUUGUGAAUGCCCAGGGCGAAGACGUGGUGGCUGGCAUCCGGACCCCACAGGAGCUGACCAUCAAGGCCCGCAAGUCUCAUGGGUCCGAUUUGCCAAGCCUGGAAGAAGUCAUGCCCAACAUCUUCCGCGAGCUUUGCACCAUGCGCCAGCAACUGGAGACGCACUACAAAGACAUGCAGGACAUUGAAUUCACCAUCCAGCAGAACAAGCUCUACAUGCUGCAGACGCGCACCGGCAAGCGGACAGCACACGCAGCGCUGCAAAUAGCUGUGGACAUGGCGAACGAAGGUCUCAUCUCCAAGUCGCAGGCUUUGAUGCGCUUGAAGCCCGAGCUCAUCGACCAGCUGCUGCACCCCACUUUGGACCCAAAGGCCAAGAAGCAGGUCAUCGCCAAGGGCCUCCCAGCUUCCCCCGGUGCAGCGGCAGGGAAGGUGGUCUUCAGCGCAGACGAGGCGGUCCGCCGGGCCAAGGACGGUGAGAAGGUGCUGCUGGUGCGGAUUGAGACCAGCCCAGACGACAUCCACGGCCUGCACGCGGCAGAGGGUGUCCUGACCACGCGGGGCGGCAUGACCAGCCACGCGGCGGUGGUGGCCCGAGGCAUGGGCCGGCCCUGCGUGGCCGGGGCGGGUGCCGUGCAGGUGGACUAUGCGGCAGCCCGGCUCAGUGUGGGGUCCGUGACCGUGCAGGAGGGCCAGAUCCUCACCAUCGAUGGCGUCACCGGAGAGGUGAUCCUUGGGGAGGUGCCCACGGUGCCGCCGCAGCUGUCGGGUGCCUUUGGCAUCAUCAUGGCCUGGGCGGAUGAGUACCGCACGCUGCAGGUACGGGCGAAUGCAGAGACGCCCAAUGACGCCCGUCAGGCCAAGGAGUUCGGGGCACAGGGCAUCGGCCUGGUACGCACGGAGCACAUGUUUUUCGACGGCGGGCGUAUCAUCGCGAUGAGAAGAAUGAUCUUGGCGGCAGACGAGGCGGACCGGAAGGUUGCACUGGAGGAGCUGUUGACCAUGCAGCGCGAGGACAUCACGGAGCUGUUCCGGAUCAUGGACGGGCGCCCGGUGACGGUGCGGCUGCUGGACCCGCCGCUGCACGAGUUCAUCCCCCACACUGAGGCCGAGAUGGCGCAGGUGGCCAAGGCCGCCGGCGUGCCGCUGAACCGGGUGCGGCGCCGCGCCGCGGAGCUGCAAGAGGCGAAUCCCAUGUUGGGCCACCGGGGCUGCCGCCUGGCCAUCACCUACCCCGAGAUCUGCGAGAUGCAGGCGCGGGCCAUCUUCGAGGCUGCGGCCGCCGUGGGCAAGGCUGGCGGCGCCGUGCCGGUGGCUGAGGUCAUGGUGCCGCUGGUGGCGACCCUGCAGGAGCUGAGCAUUUUGAAGGAGGUGGUGGAGAAGACUGCCGCAGCCGUGCAGAAGGAGCAAGGCAUGAACUUCACUUACCGUGUGGGCACCAUGAUCGAGCUGCCCCGGGCCUGCUUGCAAGCAGGCAAGUUGGCCGAGCAGGCUGAGUUCUUCAGUUUCGGCACCAACGACUUGACACAGACCACCUACGGCCUGAGCCGGGACGACGCAGGCGCCUUUCUGCCCGAGUACAAGGCCAAGGGUAUCGUGGAGCAGGACCCCUUCGUCAGCCUGGACCAGGAGGGCGUCGGCGAGCUGAUCAAGGUGGCCGUGGAGCGCGGCCGCACCGCCCGGGACGGCAUGAAGAUGGGCAUCUGCGGCGAGCACGGCGGCGACCCGGCCUCCAUCGAGUUCUGCAACAAGGUGGGCCUGGACUACGUGAGCUGCUCGCCCUUCCGGGUGCCAGUGGCGCGGCUGGCGGCAGCGCAAGCGGCCCUGAAGCUGCGGGGUGAGAAGGCGCUGCAGCCAUCCACCAAGGCGGCCAAGCCACUGCAGCCUGCCUUCGGUCCCUGGUGAGCCACGAGUGCGCGCCACGGCGUGUUCGCCUGCCUUUGCGCAAUGCGAGGCAGGGCUUGUGCGUUUAUUCAUUUGCAAUGCCUGUCGGCAUUUAGUCAUUUCCAUGCCAGGAACCAGUACUUGUCUGUAGCUGGCAUGGGCUUUCGAAUUUUUGCUGCUGAGAGUCUGCACACAUGCGGACGGAAGUGGCAAUUUUGUAUCUUGCAGGCACUUUCCCUGUGCACAGGCAGGGCUGCCUGCAGGGCCACACAAAAGUGGUGGCAGAUCUGCCCGAACUUUUAACCGGGCGGACAUCUUAAAAGCCUUUAAUGAUUCACCCAGAGCCAAGAAGUCAACGUCUUCAACUGUGCCUUGGGUCUUGGAUCGCUUAUGUGGCAGCAGAUGUGCUCCACAAGAAUGAAUCAGCGCCGAAAUAACUGAGCCGGGGCAUUGCAUGGAGACUUGCAUUGUGCCAGGCAGGCUUGGGCAAAAGAGGGAAGGAG